UCUGUUCAUGUCGGACGCGCUUUUAAAGCACGGACAAAGUGGUGCCGAUUCACACGAAUACAAAUAUAUAGAAUUGUACAUGCUGCAGAUACAUACUUUUCUAUAUAUGCACACAUAUAAAUAAACGACGAUACACCAAAAUAGGCUCGAUAUUUCUUCUUCAGCGAAUACUUAGAUUAAGACGCUGAUAAGUUGAACAAGGUCAAAAUGACAACAGUGUAUGGACUUAUUCCUGUGGGUGAGAUCGCUCCCUGUAUUGAAAAUCGCACAAGUCCGGAAUCAGAUGACACAGAAAAUAUACCAUACCAUGCACGUGAAAAUGCUCAACCCUUUACGUAUGGGAACGUGCCUGUGGGAUUCAGUACCAGCGACUUAAGCCAUGUCCCGUCAGAGGACGUUUUUGAAACACCAAGUGCAAAACGUGUUCAAAGCACCUACCCAAGCAGUCCUUCAAGCACUCGUAAAAGCACAAGACCCGGCAUUUCGCCAUCUCGCCCUGUGCUAAGGAAGACGCCUUCACGACAAGAAUUUGAAGAAAUGUUGAUGGAACGAAAAGACAAAUCUUUGCGAGAACAAAAUAAUGCGGCAACUAAGUUGGCACAAAAAGCAUCCAUACAAAAAGAUUUCGAUGAGCUGCAUGAGAAGCUCAAUAAAACCAUUCUUUCCACGCAAAAUAUAAAUGGGUCCAAACAGGAAAAAUACAUAGGCUUCACAGAUUCAACACAAGCUGCUUUAUGCCCUUCCCAAAGCUCAGAAAGCUUUGAUUCCACCCAGCUUGUGGUAGAAAAGAAACGUCCGGAGACGCCAACGUUUCCGGUUGCUCAGAAUUUGGUCAACAGUGAGCGAUGUAUCAGCCCGUACCCAUCAGGAACUGCAAAAUGCGCAACAUCUGAAGAGCAGGGUUUUGUGGCACAACCCAGUAUUACUCAAGAUGUGGAGCCACAUUUGGUGAAGUUUGCCAAAGAUUCAUCACAAUUUUGGUACAAGCCACAUAUGACUCGAGAAGAGGCUGUGCAGCUGCUGCGUACCGCACAGGUCGGGACAUUUCUCAUACGAAAUUCGACCACAUAUCGCGAUGCAUAUGGGCUUGUGUUGCGGGUUGCGAAAGCUCCACCAGGCGUACCUAGUACGAGUAUAUCAGGCAACGGGGAUGAGUUGGUACGACAUUUUCUUUUAGAGCCUACGAAUCGAGGCAUUCGUCUAAAGGGAUGCGUAAACGAACCAAUAUUUACGUCCUUAUCAGCCUUUGUCUAUCAGCACUCAAUUAACAAAUUAGCUCUGCCAUGCACUCUUAUUAUACCGGACCAGGACCUGCUCCUGUAUUCUCGCGACAAUGAUCUGAUAUCCAGACAAAAGCAGAUUCUUGUACAGGGCGCUGCAUGCAACGUGCUUUACUUGUACCAGUGCGAUACGGAAUCGCUUACUGGGCUCGAGGCCGUUCGUAAAUCCGUUCAUCAGAUGUACUUGGAUGCCAAAUAUUCCCUUCCAAUAGAAGUGCAUUUAAAAAUAUCGCAAGAAGGCAUUACAUUGACCGACAACACCCGUAAAACUUUUUUUCGCCGACAUUAUGCAGCACAGAAUAUUUCUCACUUUAGCAUGGACCCUAAUCAACGAUUUUGGAGUGUCAAUGCAAGCGACGAAGGAUUGCAGCGAUCAGUGAACAAGUCAAUAUUUGCUUUCGUAGCCCGUCCGAUGACCGGUACAAAGGACAACCAAUGCCACAUUUUUUGCGAUUUAGCCUUCUCGCAACCAGCAUCAGCAAUUGUAUCGUUCGCCAAUAAAGUUCUUCCAUUAAGUAAAUCAAGCUGUAACAUGCUAUAAGCAAACUUAUGUUAUGUUUCAUGUUCUUUUUACCCAUACAUAUUGUAUUUAUUUUGAAGAUAGAAGGAUGUUUAUAUUAUUUACUGAUGAGCUGAAAGUAACUGACAAACAAAAUCAAAUGCAUGCCCAAUAAACGAAUAAACCACAUUUAUUGGUAGCUAUUAGUUUACAAAAGGAAUACCUUGGAAGUAUCAAAAUCUUUCAAAACUUAAAAAGUUCGAUUCUUGCGCUGGAUAAAUGCGUUCUUAGCCCUUUUAACAUCAUGAAAUAUACUGGAAUCAUUGGAAUAAUACUGAUACGAAUCGUACAAAAAGGUUUCAUGUACUAUAAAUGGUAAGGGGCUGUUAGAGUAAAAACAUUGCCAGUAACUGUUUUAUGUAAUGAUCGUUAAAUAAUAUAACAACAAAAAUUAGGUAAAUAAAAAUGAUCUG